GUUGCAUCUAUGUUGUCUUGGAUUUGAGUUUUGCAUGUUUUGGAUGGAGGGGUACUUCUUAACAAAUCAUAUCUUGUGUUGUCGAUACUUUCUCUACUUUCUCUAGUUGCAGUUGAGAAAGACGAAGAAGAUAAAAAAUAAAGCCACCUCCAAAGACAACCUCAAUUUCUACGCUUUCACUUCACGUGUUGUUUUCCAGAAAAUAAAAAUGCUAAUGCUUUGGCUACAAUAAUUUGUUAAGAAGGAGAGAAGGAUUCCCGCCAUUUUUCGGAAGAAACAAACCAAACAGUUAAAUAUAACUGCGACGAGUGCCACCUAAAUAAAAAAAACAUCAAACUCUCCGAAAAGCAAAGCACAAAACACGACAUAUGAUUUGCAGAAACAUAAGCAGCUGCUAUGCGCAACGUGAUCGGAACUUCUUCCUUAGCCUCCUCAGCAAGGCUACCUCUCUCUCUCACCUCACUCAGACCCACGCCCAAAUCAUCCUCAACGGCUACCAAAACGACCUCGCCACCGUCACCAAGCUCACUCACAAGUUCUCCGACCUCAAGGCCAUACGCCACUCACGUGACCUCUUCCUCUCCAUCCCAAAACCAGACCUUUUCCUCUUCAACGUCCUCAUCAGAGGCUUUGCCAGCAAUGCCUCACCUUUAUCUUCGCUUUCUUUGUAUACCCAUUUGAGGAAAAACACUAGUCUCAACCCUGACAAGUUCACUUACGCAUUUGCUAUAUCAGCCGCUUCGGGUUUCAAGGACGAAAAAUAUGGUCUUUUGUUGCACGCGCAUUCGAUUAUUGAUGGGUUAGGAUCAAAUUUAUAUGUUGGAUCCAUUAUUGUUGACUUUUACUUCAAGUUUUCUCGGGUUGAGUUAGCACAGAAGGUGUUUGAUGGAAUGCCGGAAAAGGACACGGUUUUGUGGAAUACGAUGAUAUCUGGGUUGGUGAGGAAUUGUUACUAUGCCGAUUCAAUGCGGAUUUUUAGAGAUAUGGUGGUGGGUGGGACAGCUUUUGAUUCGACGACAUUGGCAACCGAAUUGCCUGCACUGGCCGAGUUGCAGGAGUUGAAAGCAGGGAUGGGGAUUCAUUGUUUGGCUCUGAAGGUCGGCUUUCAUUCAGAUGUUCAUGUGCUUACUGGGUUGGUUUCGUUGUAUUCAAAGUGCAAGGAGCUAGAGACGGCAAGGUUGUUAUUUGGGCAUAUUACUCAGCCGGAUUUGAUAUGUUAUAAUGCCAUGAUUGCUGGAUAUACUUGCAAUAAUGAGACCGUAUCAUCAGUUAGUCUUUUCAGGGAAUUGCUUGCUUCUGGGGAGAAAGUCAACUCAAGCACAAUUGUGGGGUUGAUUCCUGUGUCUUCUCCUUUUGGUCAUCUGCAACUCACUGGCUCUCUUCAAACUUUCUGUGUGAAAUCUGGGAUUGUUUCGCAUCCUUCAGUCUCUACUGCCUUUGUUACCGUUUAUUGUAGACUGAAUGAAAUUGAAUUAGCACGGCAGCUUUUUGAUGAGUCUCCAGAGAAAACUUUGGCAUCUUGGAAUGCCAUGAUCGCAGGUUAUACCCAAAAUGGGCUGACAGAGACUGCCAUAUCUCUUUUCCGAGAAAUGAUGUCUGAAUUCAGUCCAAACCCUGUUACAGUUACAAGUAUUCUUUCUGCCUGUGCUCAGCUUGGAGCUAUAAGUCUUGGGAAAUGGGUCCAUGGUUUGAUUAAGAGCAAAAAUCUAGAGUCUAACAUCUAUGUAUUGACUGCUCUAGUUGACAUGUAUGCGAAGUGUGGGAGCAUUGUGGAAGCUCGGAAAUUAUUUGACUUGAUGACAGAGAAAAAUGUGGUUACUUGGAAUGCCAUGAUAUCUGCUUAUGGUCUCCAUGGUGACGGGCAUGAAGCACUGAAGCUCUUUACUGAAAUGUUGCAUUCUGGGAUUCAACCAAGUGGGGUUACUUUUCUCUCUGUUCUGUAUGCUUGCAGCCAUGCUGGCUUGGUGAGAGAAGGUGAAGAAGUUUUUCAUUAUAUGGUUCAUAACCAUGGCUUUGAGCCCUUAGCUGAGCAUUAUGCCUGCAUGGUUGACAUCCUUGGCAGAGCUGGAAAGUUAGAGAAGGCCUUGGAGUUUAUAAAAGAAAUGCCGGUUGAGCCAGGUCCUGCUGUUUGGGGUGCCCUGCUUGGUGCUUGCAUGAUUCACAAAGAAACAGAACUGGCUUGUGUGGCUUCUGAAAGGCUAUUUGAAUUGGAUCCAGAAAAUACAGGAUAUUAUGUCUUGCUCUCUAAUAUAUACUCAGCUGACAGGAACUUUCCAAAGGCUGCUUCAGUACGACAGGUAGUCAAGAACAGAAAUUUGGCAAAGACUCCUGGAUGCACUCUUGUUGAGAUUGGUGAGACCCCACAUGUGUUUACAUGCGGUGAUCAAUCUCAUCCUCGAGCAACAGAAAUCUAUAGGAUGCUAGACAAAUUAACAGGAAAAAUGAUGGAGGCUGGAUUUCAAACUGAAACUGUCACUGUUUUGCAUGAUGUGGAGGAGGAAGAGAAGGAAUUAAUGGUGAAGGUUCAUAGUGAGAAGUUGGCCAUUGCUUUUGCCCUUAUCGAAACUGCACCUGGGACAGAAAUUAGAAUCUUUAAGAAUCUCCGGGUUUGUUUAGAUUGCCAUAAUGCAACUAAAUUUAUAUCCAAGAUCACGGAAAGAGUUAUUGUAGUCAGGGAUGCUAAUAGAUUCCAUCAUUUCAAAGACGGUGUGUGUUCUUGUGGAGACUAUUGGUGACACCACAGUUUUAUACACUGGAAAUACAGGAAACACUACUGUUUCAACACUCUUCUCCUAAUAUACACCCGGCAAGCUCCUGUAGCAAGUCCUUUUUGCAACUGUAUUCUGAUUCAUCUGGCUAUCCAAUUCAAUACAAGUCUCAAUGAUUUUCAAGAUAUUACGUUAUUGAUAAGCUGGAUGUGAAGGUUCUGCAACAUAAGUACACAAUACAAAAAAUAUAUAUAUAUAUAUAUAUCUGCAGUUUUAAAUGUAUAAUAAACUGAGAAUCAAUUCAGAUCCAUUGUCAGUUAGCACAAAGUAUCACACCAACACUUUCCAAUUCACUUACAAAACUGGGUACAUUGCACUUAAGCUACGCAAAAAUUUGUAGUCUGCCUUUAUUCAUUCUUGCAUCUCCUUUUUGUUGUUUAGACAUCAUACUCUAUAAAGACAAGAAUGCAGCAUAUAUUUUCAGGAGAUGCACAUUUGAAAAGGGUGAAGGGGAUACAAGUAUUUU